AAUAAGUAUAAACUCUUACUUAUUCAUCUAUUGUAACCCUUAUCAUCCUCUCCUCUUAAAUUUUCCUACCCAUCUUCAAAACCUUAAGACUAUACUUUCUUCAUACUAUUACACACCCACCAAGCUCCCUAAAGUUUACUUCUGUCGGAUGCUCCUUAUUUUCUUAGGAAAUCAAGUCCAUCAGAUUUUCUAUAAGAGUAAAACAGUGAUUUAUAAAGGCAUAAUUAGCUAGCUGAAGAUAAGAAAAAGGGGUAAUUAGUUAUCUAACUAGGAAGAUCAAGAUGGAAGGUGGAGAUCAACAACCAAAAGAAGAAAGUUUGCCACCAGGAUUUCGGUUUCAUCCCACUGAUGAAGAGCUGAUCACUUAUUAUCUAGUGAACAAGAUCUCGGACGCGAGCUUUACAUGUCGAGCUGUUGCAGAUGUUGAUCUUAAUAAAUGUGAACCAUGGGAUCUUCCAGGGAAAGCCAAAAUGGGAGAAAAAGAAUGGUAUUUUUUCAGCUUAAGGGACAGAAAAUACCCAACAGGAGUUAGAACAAAUCGCGCAACCAACACAGGUUACUGGAAAACCACUGGAAAAGACAAAGAAAUAUUUAACAGCAAUACAAUGGAGUUGGUUGGAAUGAAGAAGACAUUGGUUUUCUACAGAGGGAGAGCUCCUAGAGGAGAGAAAACCAAUUGGGUCAUGCAUGAAUAUCGUGUACAUUGUAGAUCUGCCUAUAGAAGUGCUAAGGAUGAGUGGGUGGUCUGCCGAGUAUUCCAAAAGAGUGCAGGCGUGAAGAAAUACCCUACAACACAAUCAACAAGAGCAAUCAAUCUAGAAAUGGGACCAAGUCACAUACUUACAUCCCCUAUGAUGCCCUUAGACCCAGCUCAAUUUAACCUUGGAAGAAACUACAUGAUGAACAACCAUCAUGUUGAUCAACUCGCCGAGCUCUCACGGGCCCUACGAAGUGGUGGCUCCACUACAACCUUCCCCAUCCAGUCCCAAAUAAACUACCCUACUCUUGGCGGCGGUGGCGGUGGCGGUGGUAGUGGUCCUGGUGGAGGGUUCACCAUUUCUGGCCUUAACUUGAACCUUGGUGGGGGAUCACAAGGCCCGGCACCGCCCUUAAGGCCAAUGAUCCACCAACAAGGAGCACAACAUGAUGUUACUUCCUCCAUGAUGACUGGACUUGAGAAUAGCUAUGCUUCAGUAGACAUGAACAUAAAUGGACAUGGUGGAUCAAGUGGUAGGUUCAUGAAUGUGGACAAUUGUGUCGAGUUUGACCAUUAUUGGCCUACAUAUUAGGAUGAGGAAAAGUACUACAACGUACGACAACUACCAUGCAUGUAUGAAUUUUGUCAUCAAUGGAGUUUGGUAUGAUUGGAGGAGAAGUAAUUAAGUAGAUAGCAACCAUAUGGAAGUCAUUUGGUUGUAGGAAUAAGCUUAACUAUUGUAAGGUCUAGUUUGUAGUAAUUUUUAGUUUGUUGCAACUUUAUAAGUGCUUUUUUUUUUCCUUUUUCUAAAACAUGUAUUUUAUAGUUCAUAGUCAAAAGUUAGAACUUCUACAAAUCAAUAUUCUAUAUUUUCUCUUCAGCUA